AUGGCGUUGUCAAAGGGAAAAGCGAGAGGCCGGCGAGGCGAGAAGAGGCGGAUAGCAGAACAAAUACCAGGACGUAGUACUCAUUCCCGAAUAGAACCAACACGCCGUAAACGCGCGAAUACUCCACGUCGACGACAGCCGUACGAUUCCGUCAGUCUACCCCAGUUGGUCUACGAGCUCCUCGCCAUCGAUAAAUACAAUCAAGUUACAUACUUUAUUAUUAUACAUUACAUUCUCCAUCGCAUUUUUUUCUCUUCGAAUUAUAUAACUAUUAUUACAGGUUAUAGUAAAUUUGUUAUUGCAGAUGUGGGCGGGAGAUUUCGGAAACGCUUCAGAACACCUCGUCGAAGAAUCCAGAGGCAUCGUAAACGGCAAAGGUUUCCGUACGAAACGGCUGACCAUCGCGACAGCCCGGAAUCCAUCGAAGUGUCCGAAUGUGCAAUGGAAUCUAGGCCCACAUCCAUUGAGAGUCUGGCGGAGCCGAUGGAUGCUGCAAAUAGCUCGGCGCCAACAAGUUCCGCGAACAGCAGCAUGUCGAAUAUCUCGAUGGAACCGAUUACUCUGGCGAAAUCGCUCAACAGUGCUAGGGCGCUUUUCAGGAAAAAAUCCCUGGUACAACUCAUUAACAGUUACGUCAAAGCAGGCGUCGAGGAAGGGAAGCGACGGGCCAAAAAGUACAUCCGCAAGGCACUCUCGUUCGGGGUGAGAUCGGGUUACUUGAUCCCGACCGAUCCGCAGGGUAACGUGCUCCGUGUGUGCUCGACCUUGGACACCGGAUCUUGCAGGAAGCCCGACGCCGAAUCCCGACGGAGUCGCCGCAUUGCUCGACGCGGCGAAACGCGUUUGACGAUCGACGACCGGAAAGCAAUGCGUCGUGGAAUCCUACGGGAUAGAUCGCGUCAGGAUGUAACGUCGAGGAGAAGACAGGAGAGACAUUCUGUUCAGAGUCCGGCCGGGAAUUUGAGCACGAGAGAAGGCAGUCCGCGAAAAUCGCCCCAGAAAUCCACGCUGCGCGCAAAGAAUAAACCGAAAACUGACACGAGAAGAAAGCGGUUGGUUUUAUUUAUGUUCCGUUAUGAAAGGAAGUUAAUUCUCAACGCUUGCAAUUUUUUCAGGGUAGGUUUUAAUCCGCAGCAAAUAAUUUUCAGCUAAAAUAUAUCACUUGAUAUUAAAAUACAGUGAAUUAAAUCGGUUUUUAUAUUUAUAUUUAUGUUUUUGUAUUUUCUCAUGAAAUUCUACUGCGCUAUGAAGUCGAAUAUCCAUCUCUUUCUCUCGUAAAUCCGUCGUCAAAAAUACCUUUCUUUAUAUUACUUAUAUUAAUUUUUUUUUUUUAUAUUAAUACUGGACAGUACCUUGAAUAGUUUAAAUAUAUUACGCGAAUGUCUUAGAUCUUAACAUAGUACGGAGUUUUUAAUAAACUUAAACGCAUUAUGAAUGCCCUAAUAGAUUUAAACGCGGCAAGCGAGAAGAUAAAAAGAUGAGUGUCACGGCGGAAUUGAAUUUCUUCUUUCUCACAUUUCCGUUCGCGGUGCAGUAUUCGCGCCUUACGCGAUACGUUUCGUCAGUGUUUUGCAUAUUGUAUAUUCAGGAAAAGUACGUCUAUUUGUAUCGUGUCUGUUUAGCGGAAUCGAAGAUACAGUCAGAAAUAAACAGCGGCAACAGCGGAAAAGAAGAGAUCGCAGAGACAUCAAGAAACCGGUUAAAAGACGUCGCACGGUUUUGUCGCCUACACGUGCUGAAAACGAUCGGGAACCAGUUGAAGAAAGUUAUCAGGACGUGGGCAGCAGAGACCACGAUCAAUAUAAAAGCAAUGAAGAUAACUAUACAGCAAUUGCCGAGAGGCGAAAGUCGAUGUCUCGGGAAAACGGAUCGAGGGCGGAGAAAGGAACGGUAGAAACGAAUAUCGAAGAUAAUCGCGAUGGAACAGAACGUAGGAAUAUCAACGAUGACGACGACGACGAUGAAAAGUCUGAAGAAGCGAGUGUUGAACGUGACGCAAGCGAUAUGAUCAGGGAACUAAAUACUUAAGAAACUGAGUACUCAUCUCGAGCGACGUCUUUCUCUCUCCGAAAACUUUUGUACUCUACCUCAUUUACUGUUUGUAGAGCACAUUUAUCAUGUAUCUUUUUGAGAUCCAUUUAAAAUUAUAUCUAUAUUGUAAAAGUCUGUGCAUACAUUAUUCUUUAUAUCGCUACUUUUCUGUAGAUUUUAAAGGAAAGAGAUUUAUUGUGCAAUUUUGUUAACAACUUUCUAAACACUGUUUCAGAAUAUAUUUCAUUAACAUCAAGUUGAACUGAUUGAUAUUGUUCUAUUCAGACAAUAAGUAUGAGAGAUAACUGAAUAAAUAAAUAAAGAUCUAGUUGCAUUUGCAAUAUUAGAAGAGGAGACAUUUGACAAAGAAUCUUAAUGGUAUUUUUAUUAAAGAUAGGACUGUGCAAUAUUUAGUAAAUAAAACGCCCACAAUUGUUGUUUCGAAAUUGUUAUCAGUUUAAUCGAACUCAGUAAAUUGCUACUGUCACGAACAUUUUAAUCUGCCUCAAUUUCUCUCUCUCUCUUUCUAUUAAAUGUACUACGAAUCCGUGCAAUCAGUAUUGGUAGAGUUGAUCCUGUCGUGAUUAAACCCAAUUCACGAUUAAAAUACAAGUGCUAUUGCACAUGCAAGAAAAAGAUCUCUUUUGCUAUUUAAAGAAGUAGUAGAAGUACUGUUACGAUAUAUUAUGAUGUAUUAUCACAUUUAGUUCGAUGUUAUGAUAUAUUAUCACAUUUAGCUUAAAGUACAAAUUUACGGACAGAUCUUUCAAGUCCGUUUUGUGAAAGAGGCGGCGAUAAAUCGAUUGCUCGAUAAUCGCAAACGAUAGAACAUGCGAGUUGCGACUUUGCGUUGUUUAAAACAAGAAAGAAGACAAGAAAAGAGAAAAGCACCGACGGAGGACGCCGCCGUUGGACUUCUCUUUCAAUCUUCUCAAUGUCUCGGAAAUUCGCAGACAAAAUUCCGCGCCACGGUCAACCAAAUAACCGGAAAAUUUGAAAAAUCGAAGCAGACGCGCACAGCAACAGGAAGUCGAACUUUUUACGCUGUCUGUGGACCAAGGAAAUCUCGAAAUCAACAGUAAGCACAAAAUGGCUCGUAUAAAGAGACAUCGAAACGCGCGAAGCCAUCAACGAACGAGUGAGUGAAGGAAAGAAUUUCUGUCCGUCUCGUUUGCCUAUAAAAUUCCCACGACAUUCAUGGUUUCACAUAAAUUUUAAUUUCCAACACACGCGAAAUAUGGCUCUUUUAAUUCCCAUUUAUGUUCAUUGUAUUAACAAAUAAAUACGGAAUAAUCAACACAGCGGAUUUGAUCUAUCUGAUUAAUUAUGCGCAACCGGUAAUUUACUUUAUUAAACCAACAUUAUACAUAGCGCCGUUCGAUCCGCGAAAUCAAAACUGUACAUAAUAAUUCGCAUUAACUUGUGUUAUUUGAUUUGAUUAUUCGUGUGUAUAAAAUGCGAUCUGAUUUUGACUAAAUGUAUCUCAUGCUAGUCAAAUCAAUAUUAAUAUUCAACAUGUUACAUGUGCACACAUUUCUCUGCGCUUCUGAUAAAAGCACAUUGUCGAUCCGCGGUACCAAGGAACGAAGAAUUAACAUACUUCUCUUCCGCAAAAGGGAUAAGUAUCUCAUGCGACUUGACUUAACGUGCAGAACACCGUAGUCGCAAUCCGAACAUUCCCGAGUUAAUCUACAAGUUCCUCGUCGCAGAGGACCAGGCUGCUC